UGAAUGCCAAAUGCACCACUGAGUCCUUAUAUAGGUGCACUCAAUAGGCUUUAUCGUAAGGAAUUCUGUGCCCUAUCCAGCUAUUUCUGCUUGAUUUAGGAUUCAAUCCGAGAUGAAGAAGAGAGGAAGGCGGGUUUUUCUUCACACGUGUGCGUGAGAGUUGGAUUCGAGUUGGCAGAGAGAAAACAGAAAAUAAACAAACUGUUUUUAAAGCCAAUGGCAGGAAAAUGAGUCUGGUACUGAAUGAGCUGCUGCUGUGCUGCAGAGGACUGGACAAUGACAAGACCACUGAGAGGAAGAAGGAAGUUGAUCGUCUCAGGAGGCUUCUUCGGGAUCCUGAAACGGUGCGGGAACUCGACAAUGUGUCCACCAGCAAAGCCUCGAGAGGCAGCACCCAGCUCACCUGGGAUGCUGUGUUCAGGUUCUUGAAGAAGUACCUGCAGAAGGAGACGGAGCUCCUGAAGUCGGGCAAAGUGAACGUCUCAGCCACCACUCAGGCCAACCGGCAAAAGAAGAUGCAGGAGAUCAGCAGCCUGAUUAAAUUCUUUGUCCGAUGUGCCAACAAACGAGGGCCGAAGUUAAAGUGUGCAGAUCUGCUGGCUCAUGUGGUGGAGGUUCUGCAGAGCUCCUUUAGUUGUGCUGCGUACGGAGAGGACUACAGCAGCAUCCUGCUCAAGAACAUCCUCUCUGUCCGCAAGUACUGGUGUGAGAUUACUCAGCAGCAGUGGCACUGUCUGCUGGAUGUGUAUUGCGGACUUUUCACCGCAUCCAAAUCCAUAAACCGGGUUUUAGUGAGCAGGAUCAUUCACACUGUGGUUCAGGGAUGCUGCCUUCAGACUGACGGCUUGUCGCACACACUCUUCAGCUUUUUCUCAAGAGCUCUAAGUAACACCAGAGCAGAGAGACAGCUGCAGGUGCUGGAGCACCUGAUCUCCGCUCUGAACGUCUUCCUGCGCUCCGUGGCCAUGAACCGCAGGAGACGAGUGUGCAGACUCGGAGAAGAAUUGUUUCCUUCCAUCGUGUACGUGUGGAGCCAGAUGAGGCCCAGCUCCAGUCUGAAAGAGGAAAUGGUGGAGUUCUUUAACAUGCAGCUCAGCGUGCAUCAUCCCAAAGGAGCCAAGACCCUGGAGACGGGUGCCCACGCAGAGGACUGGGCGAAAUGGCAGAGUCUCCUCUACAGCCUGUACGAUGCUCUGGUGGGGGAGAUCAGCCAGAUCGGCAGUCGCGGAAAGUACGCUACGGGUUCUCGUCAUAUCGCUGUCAAAGAAAACCUUAUUGAACUGACUGCAGACAUUUGCCACCAGCUGUUUAGUCAGGAUUUGCGUGUUGUGUUGAGGGACAGCACACAGAGCAGUAAGCGGAGGCGUAUGGAGCUCGGCUGGGAAACACUGAGGGAUCACCUACAACCCCAUCACAGCGACUUCGACAUGAUACCUUGGCUACAGGUGACAGCUGCUCUGGCUUCUAAGUACCCCUCCAUGCUUCCUGCCCAUGAGCUGGCCCCUCUGCUAUCUCUGCUGUGCCAGCUGCUGGGAGAGCAGCAACGUCGAGGAGAGAGGGGUCCGUACGUGCUGCGCUGCCUGAAGCAGGUGGCUCUGUGCCAGGCCAAAAUCUCAGGAAAGAGCCAGGCUCUGCCGGCGGAAGUAGGCCGGAUUUGGGCCAGAGUGUGGGCGCUGGCAGUGCGAGGCGUCAGUUCUGCCCACACCGAGGCUCUGUGCCUAGAGCUGUUACAAACCCUGGUGCAGUGCCACCUUGUGCCCGUCGACAGAGAAUUCUGGAAGCUCUUCUCUGGUGGCGUGUGUAAACCAUCUGUUGUUUCGGCCCUCAGCCUCGCCCAGGCCUUGUCUAAGUGCUCGGUUCCGAAGAGUGUGUACAGCAGUGAGUGUUUGUCAUCGGUGCUGCUGGAUGCCGGCUCUCCGCCCUUGCUGAAAGAAGCACUCAUUGACUGGCUGCUUAUGAAUGAGCAGAGUGAUGAGAUGGAGGACAGCGUCAAGCUUCACCCAAUCAUCUGCAGGAAUUUUCCUCUAAAUCUUAUCCCGAGAAUUCUGGUGGCUUUGACGCUGAAAGAUACCGUGGCAGGAAUGACGUUUCUGAUGAGUUCUCUUCAACCAGAGUGCAUAUCUCCUGCGGAUCAGCCUGCGGAAGCUAGAACCCUGCUGAACGACAUUGAGACGCUGUACCUGCAGGUCAGUUUUGAUGACGUGGCCUCGCAUUGCGCAGUCGAAGAAGACAGAAGUCGAACAUGUCGAGAAAAGCCUCAGCUCACAGUCAUCGACUCUCUCAGGACUCGAGUGGAGCAGAAUCUUCAGGCUGUAGCUGACCAUCUCCUCAACUCCUACUCUCCUGACACUCCUAAUACUUCCCUUGCGUGUAUGGUGUACUGCUUGAGGCUACUUACUGGUACCCUGGGUGCCUUUAUCUGCGUCGGAGUCCUUACUGAGGAAACUGCGUGUCACACUCCUCUCUUUCAGAAAGCAAAGACUAUAGCGCAGGACCUGAGUAAUUACAUCACCUCUGCAAAGACCAAGUUAAGUGAAGAUGAAACUCUGUCCGUGCUUAAAUCUGUGAUGCUGUUGUACUCAGAAAGCAUCAGCACGAAGAAUAAAGACAGCGUUUCGACAAUCUCUCGCAGUUUAGUCAUGAAGGCUGUCCCCGCUCGACUGCUGAGUGAGCUGUCAGAAAUCUGCAAGCUAAUGCUAGGUAACUCUGCUAAAAGAGACAGCGCAGGGGUUGAUAAUGAUCCGGAUGACAUAGACGUGAGCAGAACUCAGAUGGAGGAGAACCCACAGGAGGAAGUCGAUCUGUUUGAUGAUGGAGACAGCGCACAGCAUGGCAACAGCAGAACACAGACGCUUAAUACUGACUUGGCUGAUUCUCAGCAUGGCUUAGGAGCGAAGAGCCCUCUAUCACAGGAGCAUCUGACCAAACAGGACCUGGCCUUCCUAGACACUCUGGAGUUCCUUUCACUGUGCGCCUCGUUUGAACUCAGUACCGGACUCACCUUUAAACCCCUGGACCUUCGACGCAAACUGCUGAAACUUUUGGAUCUGAUGGACUGUGCCAAACCGCUGCACCUCCACAUGUAUCUGGUUCUGCUGAAGGUGCUUCCAGCAGAGAGGAUGUCUCUGACGGCUGAAGAGUUUGAUUUGCUGCUCAGACCUCUUGCGGACAUAUGUUCACAGUACCGCCAAGAUCAAGAGAUGUGCUGUACCAUCCUUUUAGCGCUGCUGCCGUGUGUGCGCUGCCUGCGUGGAGUACAGUGUCCACCUGAGCAGGGCGAGGACAUGGAUCACGUUCGGGGUACGCUGCUCCAAGUGGUCUCAGGCUUCUGCAUCUUGGGUAAAAGUGGCAAAUGCACUUCAGCUGUAAGGGCAGCACUGGGACGCUGUUUACUUGCCUUAAUGGAGGUUGACCCUUGCUGUAAGUGGGUGGUCUUAUCUCUGAGGGGGGAGGAGCUUCCGGCAUGUGCGGUUUUGCCCUCACACCUUGCAGACCCCCACCACCAUGUUCGCAUGCAAGCAGCCAUGAAUGUAGAAAGACUGUUCUUGGAGAAAGUAGGUUGGGGUGGAGAGAAGAAGAAGAUGCUCCCACUAAAACACCAGCAAACAGCCUUUGAGAACGUCUACCUGAAGGCACAGGAGGGGACGAGGAUCCAGAGAAACGAAUCCCCUGAAGACCUGCCUGAUGAGACCUUUAACCGUCGGGCGACUCUGCUGAAAAGCCUGUCCAUGGUGAUGUGCUGCAGCCCUGUGUGUGAGAAGCAGGCCCUCUUCGCCCUCUUUCAGUCCUACAAGGAGAACAGCAUCGAGGAGAACCUGAUUAAAAAGGUUUUGGCGAGUGUUUCUCUUACUCUGGGCUACAGAAGCUCUGAGGCGUUUGUCUGCUCUCAUCUGAAUUAUCUGGUGGCUGAAUGGCUGAGCCAGAGACAGACGGACACCAGCUACACGCUACAGUCCUUCCCUUAUACGCUUUUAAACUGCAGCAGUCUGGAGGAGUUUUACAGGUCAUCGUAUCAUGUUCUUAUCCCACGCUUGAUCUUCCUGAAUGACUUUGAGCAGGUGAAAUCUAUUGGGUGUCACCUGAAGCAAGACUGGAGGCAGCUAGUGGCUAAGUGCUUCCCGAAAAUCAUGGUGAACAUCCUGCCCCAUUUCGCCCUCCCCAGCCAUGACUCACAGGCGGCAGAGCAGAGAGAGAAAGCGCACCACGUUUAUGACCUGCUGAAGGAUGACCAGUGCCUGGGGAAACAGCAAAUCGACAGUCUGAUAUGUGGCAACCUGGCAGACAUCGUUGUUGAGCUGCUGAUGACGCUGUAUGAAGGCGCAGGAUCAGGCACUGCAGAAAGAGGAGACCUGCAGAAGUUUAUUGGGGAGUUGGAUCCUGCUCCAAAUCCGCCUUUCUUCAGCUCACACGUGAUUAAAGCAACGCUAGAUUACCUCAGCAAGUGUCAUAGCACCAGUCACAAGUCUCUGGUAGCCAUACUGUCCAAGACUCCGAUGUCCAUACAGAAGAUUCUGACCUCAGUUUGCCAGCGCGCAGCCGAGACCACUAACGCCUACGAGAGGCACCGCAUCCUCAUGAUGUAUCACCUGUUUGUGAACCUGCUGCUGUCUGAGGUUAAAGAUGGCCUGGGUGGAGCGUGGGCCUUUGUGCUCCGAGACAUCAUCUACACCCUUAUGCACCACAUCAACGGCAGGUCAGGUCAUCAGGACGAGGUCUCUGCGCGCAGUCUCGCUCUGUGCUGUGACCUGCUCACCACCGUGUGCCAAACAGCCAUCCGCUUCUGCAGCGAUGCGCUAGAGAGCCAUCUACAGGUCAUUGUAGGAACUCUCACUGCACAAGUCACCGAGCAUCCGGCCAUAUCUCAACAGGUGCUGAGUCUGCUCAAGUUUCUGGUGAUAGAAAACCCAGAUGACGGGUGUCUAAAGAGAGCAAUUCCUUUGCUUGAGCCUUUUCCUGAUCAGCCGGCAUUCGCAGAGCUCCGAGCGGCUCAGCACGCACUCAAAUACAGCUCCGGAGCCUUCACCCUCAGACAGGAGAUUGAGCAUUUCUUGUCUGUGACGUCAUGUGACUCGUUACCUCUUACUCGAAUGGAGGGCCUAAAGGAUUUAAAGAGACAGUUACACACUCACAAACAGCAGAUUGAGCAGCUGCUGAAAGAAUGUCAUGCUGAUCCGGCCAGCAGUGUGCUGGUCAAGCUGGUGCUGAACCUCCUGCAGCUGUGCAAACUGGCAGCCAACCAUCCUGGAGGCAGAGACAUCUUAGAGGCUGUUGGGGGUUGCUUGGGAGAACUCGGGCCUGUGGACUUGUCUACUAUUGCACUGCAUCAUGGGAAAGAUCAGAUUUACACCCAGGCAGCUUCUCUUUAUCCUGAUGUUCUUCAUCAGUGGAUCUCCAUCAUCCUCAGCUGCAUGAACAACGCACUGACGGACCACAGUAUUUCUAUCCGCCAGGCUGCUGCUGUGUGUUUGAAGGACAUUUUGGCCACUGCGUCCGGUUUGGAGUUCUGGGAGAUACACAAGAGCCAGAGAGACCCAAUGCUGCUUUACCUGAGUCCUUUUCGCUCAGCAAAGAGAAAAGAGCAGAUGGUGAGACCGGAGGUCACGUCAGCUUCCAGAGAUCGAGUGGACAGUGCAGAGUUGUGGUCAGCGCAGCCUGGAAAACACAAUGAGUGGCUGAGGAACCUGUGCAUGGCUCUGCUGGACAGUGGAGGGGUCUGCAAUGAAGCCCUGCUCAUGACCAGAGCCCUUUGUGAGGUGAAAACAGAUUUCUGCCAAAAGAUGCUUCCCCUCUUCAUCCAUGACAUGCUGCUGGGAGACAGUAAUGGCUCAUGGAGGGAACUUCUCUCCACACACAUCCAGCGCUUCUUCAGCAGCUGCUGCAGACCGGGCACUUCCGGCAGUCGACCCACCACCCCCAUGCCCUCUGAUUCAGGAGACACAGACGUUGGCGUUCAGGGCCAACCAGAUAAAUGUUCUCUGCGCACCAUGCUAGCAGUCAUCGACUACCUCAGACAGCAAAGACGACCACUGGGACCUAACAGUGCUGUUGAGUGUGGAACCGUGUGCGAGUCCAACUUCUGGCUGGAUCUGAACUAUCUGGAAGUGGCUCGAGCAGCACAGCUCUGCUCCGCCCAUUUCACUGCCCUUCUGUACUCCGAGAUCUAUGUGGACAACAUCCGCAACAGCAUGGAAGAGAAGCGCAGAGCUCAAUCCAGAACAUCACGCAGGAUCACGUUUGAUGAUAGCAGCCAAAGCCUGUCCAUCGGCAGUAUGUCUGAGAAGAGUAUAGAAGACUCGGGCAUGAGCUUGCAGGACAUCUUGAUUGAGGUGUACAGGAGCAUUGGGGAGCCUGAUAGCCUGUAUGGAUGUGGAGGUGGCAAGUUGAUUAAUCCUCUCACUAGAAUCAGGACGUACGAGCAUGAGGCCCUGUGGGGUAAGGCUCUGGCCUCCUAUGACCUUCACGCCAAUCUCCCAGAGGUGACGAGGCAAGUUGGCAUAAUGGAGGGUUUGCAGAAUUUAGGGCUCUGUGGCAUCCUGAACACGUACCUGCACGGUCUGAGAAGACACGGGGCCGAGUGGGCACCUGAGCUCCGAGAAUUUCACUUCCAGGCAGCCUGGAGGAACACACAGUGGGAGACGGACGUGGAUGAGAGGAGUGAGAAACUGAAUCCUGGCUUCAACGAGUCUGUGUUCACUGCUCUACAAGCACUGAAGGACAAAGACUUCUUCAUGUUUGAGCAAACGCUGAAACACACCAGAGGCAGCGUGGUUGAGGAGCUCUGUCGUGGCAGUCUGGAGGCCGUGUCCUCUCUCUAUCCAGCUCUACGCAGCUUGCAGAUGAUCGAAGAAAUCCAAAGUGUCAAACAGCUUUUCAGUGAAUCCACCCAACUGGACGUCUGCAGGAAGUGGCAUCAGCAUUUAGACCUGUUGACAGACAGUGAUUUUAGCCUGGUCGAGCCAAUCCUGGCUCUGCGUUCAUCCAUUCAGGAGACACUUCUCCAAUGCGAGACUGACCCAGACAGGAAGAGGUUCCUGAGCUCCAUCUAUUCCUCACACCUGAUGGAGCUGUGCAGACUGGCGCGCGCUGCAGGCAACACACAGCUAGCAGAGCGGGCGGUGUUUCAGAUGAAGCAGCAGAACAUGGCGAGUGUGAGCACCGCUACGUCCUGGGCGUGGCAGCUGGAGGAGGCUCAAGUGUUCUGGGUGAAGAAGGAGCAAGGACUUGCACUGGGAUUACUCAAACAGAUGAUUGAUAAGCUGGAGGAUCUGGUGGACGUGAACCCUGCUGUGGUGCCGGUGUAUGCCGAGUGUCUGAGAUUAUGUGGCAGCUGGCUGGCUGAGACGUGUUUAGAGAGUCCUGCUGUAAUACUGGAAACCUACCUGGAGAGAGCUGUCACUGUGGGCCAGGGCGGAUCUUCAGAACCUAAACUGCAGAGGCAGAAAACUCAGGCGUUCCUCUCGCUCGCCCGCUUCUCUGAUGCACAGUAUCAAAGUAUCAAGAACUACAUGAGGUCAUCGGAGUUUGAGAACAAACAGGCGCUGCUGGAGAAGGCCAGAGAGGAAGUGGAGCUCAUGAAGGAGAGAAAAGUUCAUGAUAAUAGGUACACAGUGAAGGUGCAGAGGGAGCUGAAGCUGGACGUCCGUGCUUUGGACAACCUGAAGGCCGACCGCAGACGUUUCCUACUGAAGGCGGUGGAGAAUUACACACGCUGCCUCGCGCUGGGUGAAGAACACGACACCUGGGUGUUCAGGCUGGCGUCACUCUGGCUGGAGAACGUCGACGCGAAGAACGUCAACGACCUGAUGAAGGAAGGUGUGAAAAAGAUCCCUUCCUACAAGUUCCUGCCUCUCAUGUACCAGCUUGCUGCCCGCAUGGGCACCAAAGUGUCCAAUCCAGUCACUUCAGAGGAUGUGGGAUUCCACACUGUUCUCAACGAGCUGAUUUGUAGGUCGUCCAUGGAACACCCUCAUCACACACUCUUCAUCAUCCUCGCUCUGGUCAACGCCAACAAGGAUGAGUGCUUCUCCCGCAGCCGUCUGUCCAGGAGCAGCGCACGGCAGCCUUCACCUCUGGACCUGGACAGAGCCGACGUGGCACAGAAAAUCCUCAAUGCGAUCCGAAAGAAGAAGGCACAGCUGAUCCGGGGUAUUGAGACCCUCUGCCACGCCUACAUCACCCUCGCAUACAUGGAUGCAAGCAAGCAUAAAACUGAGAAGAAGGCAAUCCCCAUCCCGGCAGAUCAACCCAUCAUGCAGAUUAAAGAUCUAGAGGACGUCAUAAUCCCCACGAUGGAGAUUAAGGUGGAUCCAUCAGGGAAAUAUGAGGAUCUGGUGACCAUCAGGUCUUUUAAACCUCACUUCCACCUGGCUGGAGGCGUCAACCUGCCGAAGAUCAUCGACUGUGUGGGCUCGGAUGGUCAGAGCAGGAGACAGCUGGUCAAAGGGCAGGAUGAUCUGCGGCAGGAUGCAGUGAUGCAGCAGGUGUUUCAGAUGUGCUCCACACUGCUGCAGCGCAACGCUGACACGCGCAGGAGGAAGCUCAACAUUCGCCGCUACAAGGUGGUGCCUUUCUCUCAGAGGAGUGGGGUUCUGGAGUGGUGCUCUGGUACCGUCCCAAUAGGAGAGUUUCUAGUGGACGCUCAGAAGGGAGCACACAAACGUUUUCGGCCUCAAGACUGGAGCAGCAUGGCCUGUCGCAGGAAAAUGAUGGAAGCUCAGAAGAUGGAAUCUGACCUGAAGCUGCAGGCGUACAUGGAGGUGUGCCAGAACUUUCGUCCCGUUUUCCGUUACUUCUGCAUGGAGAGAUUCCUGGACCCGGCCAUAUGGAUGGAGAAAAGACUGGCAUACACACGCAGCGUGGCUACUUCCUCUAUAGUGGGCUACAUCGUUGGGCUGGGUGAUCGACACAUCCAGAACAUUCUGAUAGACGAGCAGACAGCAGAACUGGUGCACAUAGACCUGGGUGUUGCCUUUGAGCAAGGGAAGAUCUUGCCCACUCCAGAGACUGUGCCCUUCAGGCUGUCCAGAGACAUUGUGGAUGGCAUGGGCAUCACUGGCGUAGAAGGAGUCUUCAGAAGGUGCUGUGAGAAGACCAUGGAGGUCAUGAGGAGUUCUCAGGAGGUUCUCCUGACCAUAGUGGAGGUGUUGCUGUAUGAUCCUUUGUUCGAUUGGACGAUGAACCCACUUAAGGCCUUCUAUCUGCAGCAGCAGGACGAGCAGGCCGAGCUAAACGCCACCCUCAACCCCACACCUGCAGGAGAGGAACCCGAAACCAACCGCAAACCCAGUGACAGUCAGAGCUUCAACAAGGUGGCGGAGCGCGUGCUGCUGCGGCUGCAGGAGAAACUCAAAGGUGUGGAGGAGGGAGCAGUGCUCAGCGUCGGCGGCCAGGUCAACCUCCUCAUCCAGCAGGCCAUGGAUCCUAAAAACCUGAGCCGCCUCUUCCCCGGCUGGCAGGCAUGGGUUUGAAACACACACCUGCUCUUGAGUUGUGUUUCAUUAUCUGGUGUAUGCACUUAUUCGUGCUCAUGCACACAGAUAAUAGCUUUGAGAAAUGAACAAUUUACUCAUGUACUGUAUCUGUAUCAUCAGGAAUUCCUUUGAAAGGAUUCUUUGCACUAUCAGAUACAGUGAUAUGGUUGUUUAGCACUUGUAAGUACAGCUGAGUGCAAAAGUUUGUAUACCCUUGAAUGAAAAAAGAAAUUUAAUCAAUGCCUUUAGUCUGCUUGGUUUCACAAAUGUCCUGUGAUUACUGCAAUUACAAGACAUUCUAUGUGUAUAUUAAGAUAUUAAUACUAAAAAAAAAAAAUCCGUCUCCCUUCCUGGAUGUGAUUAUAAAUAUUCCCUAAUAAUCUAUAUGCCCAGAUUUAGAUCUUUAUUACUACUUUUUUUUUUUUUUUUAGGUUCUUCUUCUUUUCACAUGGAAACUGUGGAACUGUGGGGGAUGCAGACUUUUGCACUCUGCUGUAUAUAAACUGAAUAAGCUGUAGCUCUAGCUUUGUCCCUGUUUGUCGGCUUCAUGUUGUCAUUUAUGAGUUUUUCCUUUGUCCCCCCUCCCAAAAAAAAAGAAUUAUAAUCUUAUAUUUUUGACAACCCUUGAUUUUUUUUAUACAUAGGCCUAUAUACUUGUUAUAUACUGAUGAUUUGUUGAGAGAAAAUGAUCAAAGCUGCUUAAUGUGAUAGUACUUUAGUACUAUCAACCCACAUUUUAACAGUAGGUUAUAGUGAUUAAAUCACAUCAGGAGUCACAUGCUUCCUUUAAGAGUACACGUAUGAAAUAUCGGAUGCAAUCACGUUUGUCAAAAACGUUUAGAAUGUUCCUUGCCCAACUGACUGUGAUUUCACAAUGACAAAAUGCACAAACGUCUUCAUGCCAAAUGAAGUGAUGAUUGUUUUAUAGUUCUGCUGUUUAAGAGGCUGGAAAAUGCAAGUAAUAAACGCAAUUAAGUGUCAGGUUA